AAAGAGAAACAGGAGGAACAGAAGCGAACUCGUCGCGAAGGUAGAACGCGCGUGUACCGCGUGCACUUAGUUUAUCGUGUAUCCAGAAAGAGAGAAAGACAGAAAUAGAAAAAAAGAGAAAGAUAAAAGAAAACAACGAGCACGACUCUCAGAGUCUCGAACUCGAGAAGUCUUCGCGAGUCCGGCGAACCGACACACCGCUCACCGAUUCCAAAGUCCGUCGGUAGGCUCAGUUGUCUCCGAACCCUCGAACUGUUCGGAUGUAGCUACUUUCCGAGUUUUAUUUAAGUUUUUUCCACGUUUACGAAAUUUGCUUGUUUCGCCGUUGCUCGCUGUAUUCUUGUCUCUGAAUCCAUCUUAUUCUUUAUAUGUUCGUUUUUCACGGACUCGUGUGAUCGUCGUGCGGUGAAAUUCGAUUUGAAGAAAAAGAAAAAAUAAAAAAGACAAAUUUGAUAAUACGAACAUUUUACGGAAGGAAACACAGAAGGAAAAGAGUGUUUUUGUUCCGUGGUUGUCAAUAAUUCGCUUUUACUAGAAUUGUUAUUUUUUUUUAUUCACUUUUCCACGGUUACAUUUGAUUGCGUGCAGUCGAUUAGAAAAACGAGAAAAGAAGGCAGAGCGCUGGAGCGGCGAAGAAAUCGGAAGAAACUUGAGAAGAAGAAAGGAAGAAAAUCUCAUCGUUGGACGAACGAAUAAUUGAGUAUCCUUAACACGUAGCAAACACGUAGAAUGGUAGCCUCACAACACGACGGUACCAGAAGUGUCGGUGGCGGUGGUGGCGGAGACGGUGGAGGCGGCGGUGGCGAUGAGACCGUGUACACGGUGACCGUAAGUGGUGUCGGUUACAGGAACGAGGGUUACAAGGACGACGGUACCGACGGUAUACCUCCCGAGCCGCAGAAACCGCCGCAAUUAUCGUCGACGGACGAUGACACGCAAUCAAGAAAGUUCAAACUCUCCCGCGGCGAGAAAUGGCGUAUAUUGAAGAACAUUAGCACCGUAUCCGUGGCGUUUAUGGUGCAGUUCACCGCGUUUCAAGGCACGGCUAAUCUUCAGUCGUCGAUCAACGCCAGUGACGGUUUAGGCACCGUGUCCCUUUCAGCGAUUUACGCUGCAUUGGUGCUGUCAUGCAUCUUCGUUCCCACCUUCGUUAUCAAAAGGCUCACGGUUAAAUGGACAUUGUGUAUUUCGAUGCUGUGUUACGCACCUUACAUCGGGUCCCAGUUCUAUCCGAAAUUUUACACCCUGGUACCGGCUGGCGUGCUCCUUGGCUUGGGUGCCGCGCCCAUGUGGGCAGCUCAGGCCACCUAUCUCACGCAGGUUGGUGGUGUGUACGCGAAACUCACCGAUCAGCCGGUAGACGCCAUCGUGGUCAGGUUCUUCGGGUUCUUCUUCCUUGCCUGGCAGACCGCUGAACUCUGGGGGAAUCUCAUUUCUUCGCUGGUGCUCAGCGGGGGAGAGUUCGGCAGUGGCAGCGAGAACAGCACCACCAACUCGAACAAGAUCAAGCACUGCGGCGCAAAUUUCUGCGUCCUUGGGAACGGAGGUCACGAGACCUUGGAACGUCCCCCGGAAUCGGAGAUCUACGAGAUCUCCGCGAUCUAUCUGUCUUGUGUAAUCGUCGCCGUGAUCAUCGUCGCCCUGUUCGUCGAUCCGCUCUCGAGGUACGGCGAGAAGCAACGAAAAGUCGACAGUCAAGAGCUCAGUGGUAUACAAUUGCUUUCUGCAACUGCUUAUCAACUGAAGAAACCCUAUCAGCAACUCCUCAUACCGAUCACAAUAUGGAUCGGUAUGGAGCAGGCGUUCAUCGGAGCAGACUUUACACAAGCGUAUAUUUCCUGCGCGUUGGGCGUGCAUCGUGUCGGCUACGUAAUGAUCUGCUUUGGAGUUGUGAACGCUAUUUGCUCCCUGGUCUUUGGAUCUUUAAUGAAAUUCGUCGGCAGGCAGCCACUUAUGGUGCUGGGCGCCAUCGUCCAUGUUAGUCUUAUCGUCGUGCUACUCCACUGGAAACCGAACCCCGAUAACCCUUACGUUUUUUACUCUGUUUCUGGGCUUUGGGGCGUCGGUGAUGCCGUAUGGCAAACGCAGGUGAACGGUCUGUACGGCACCCUGUUCAGGCGUAACAAAGAAGCAGCAUUCUCUAAUUACAGACUGUGGGAGAGUGCCGGUUUUGUGAUAGCAUACGCGUACAGCACCCAUCUGUGCGCCCGUAUGAAGCUGUACGUGAUGCUAACAGUGUUGCUCGUCGGAACCUGCGGAUACAUUGUAGUCGAGCUGUUGCACAGGCGUAAGCAGAAAAGGCUGAAGGCCAUUGCCGAGGAUCCAAAGGCUGCUCAAGCAGAGGCGAAUCAAGUGGAGGAGACCGACGAUGAAAAGGACGAUAUCGACGACGAUAUCAUUAUAACUCAUCUCUGAAACAACAUCAUGCACCGACGAGGAAUCUCAUCAGUGGCUUGAUCGACUCUUCUCUUUUAUUCUUCCUUAUUGCUUUUCCCUAUCGUAACGAACAUGAUUGCACCAACGGCAAAUGUAUACGUAUAUACACACAUACAGGGAUAUACAUCAUCGAUCAUCUCUGAGUGAUCAAAACCCGCCAUGGGAAAGUAUACCAUGAUUGUUACCCGUUUGUAGGAAGCGUGAGGAUAAAAAUAUCUUUCUUUGGAAGAAUGUAGAACAGAAAUUAUAGAGAUAAGAUCGGUGAUACGAGUAGGGUCGCGAAUCUUUGUUUUAUUAUAUUCGUAUUGCUGAUACACGUGAUUAAAUUGUUGUGUACGUUCGUCUCAAGAUCGAGAUCGUGACUUGAAGAAAAAAAAAAAAAAUCGCAGGAUAUGAUAAGAUGCCUAAGAUGCUCUUAUUAAUUGCGCUUUUUAAUAUUCGCUUUUUCGAGUUUUCUUUCUCUCCCUCCCCCUAGUAGAUUGCUUUUAUUAAUUCUCUAUAAAUUUCAUGUUAAACACGCCUCGUUCAUUAUCGUCGCGUUAUCGUUGCUUGCUAGACGUGUUUUUUCUUUUUUCUUGCAUCGAAAAAGACAAACACAAAGUGAAGCUCGCGGACCAUUGUAUUAGAAACACGUUCCUUCGGUUCCACUCCUUCGAAAAAGUGUGAAAGAAUAAAAAAGAAAGAAAUCGACUCGUACAAAAUUGAUGAGGGAUAAGAAAAUGCGCGAAAUGUGUAUUACUUCGUGGAUGUGUUGUUAUACAGUAUGUAUAUCAUUUUGUAGAGAUUCUAUACGACGAUUCCAUUGUCAACAAUAAAACGAAUUGCUUGCCUUCACGGUGCUAGAAGCGCGUUCCGAUGCCAUAAUCGUUUUUAUGCGUUUUAUAUAGCGUUUAUAUCUUUGAUCUUCUCGCUUAAGUGUAAGUUUAUUGAUUAAAAGAAAAAAAAAAAAAAAAAAAAAAAAAAAAAAAAAAAGGAAAAAUAUGAAAAUAAUAGAUCGAAUUGAUGUAAAAUGAUCAUUGAGAACGGCUUCAAAUAUUUGAUAAUAGAUUAUUAGAUAAGUUUGAUCUUUUUCAAAUAGUACAAAAGGAUGAAAAUGAUUAAGAAAAAAUAAUAAUCUAUGUUUCUAUAAACGUACAUAUAAUAGAUGAACACGCAAAAAAAAAAAAAAAAAAAAAAAGGUUAAUAAUUCGUUAAACGAAUUUGAAAUAAUCCUGUAUUAUUAUAUGUAUCUAUAUAAGAUGUUAGAUCUACCCAUUGCUACUAUGUGGAAGCGCUUCGUAGCAACUUGCCAUUAAGUUUUAUCGGAAUUGUGUCCCAGUUUUGUGAUAAAAAAAUCGGAUGCGUUCCCAUAACGAACGAUUCGAUCGUGAAUCCGCUUAUCUUGUAUAUAUAUAUUAUGGAUAGCAAUUGUGUAUUAUGCGGUGAAAUGGAUAUUCCAUUUGAAUGCGUUGUUUUCUGGCUAAGCGAAGCCAUGAUUUUUUUAAAACUAUAAAACGGGCCGAUUUCGUGUCUUCGUUGUUUUCUUUUUUUGUGUUAUGAUGCACUUGGAUCAAAAAAGCCACUUGGAAAUCAAGCCUGUUCAGAUUUUUUUUUCUUCUUUAUGAAAAAUUUAAAAACGAGGAAAAGAAUUCGAGACAAAGCAAUCUUUUUCUUUUUUUUUUUUUUUUGAUUCGAUUAAACCAGGCUAGGUUUGUCGUGGAAAAUGUCAGGCCGGGAUUGUGCAUCUGCAUUCGAUCGAUGAAACAAAAUGUCGAAGAGAAAAAAAAAAAAAAAAAGUAACUCACGAAGAAAUAUUCUUUCAAAAGAAACAUUUCAUGUUUUUACCAUCGCCAGAGAGUACCAUCCACGAGAAAGAACAUAGAUCGUUAAAUUGUCCGAUGCGUUUCUCAUGUUGCACGAUCACGAAAUGCUCCCAAUUAUUCAGUAUGAUCGAAAUCACCAUUAAGAAACGUAGGAACGAAAUCAUAAUUAAGCAUGAUCUUAAUUACAUACGUUAGAAACAAUAACGAAAUAUUAAUGACGUAUUAGUUAUAGAUUUAAGGAUCACUGUAGUCGAUAAUUUAACGUUAAGUAUUCCACAAAAUUUAUUUCUCAUAGAUAGAUAGAUCCCUUAUUUCUUUUCUUUCUUUCUUUCUUUCUUUCUUUCUUUUCUUUUUUUUUUUUUUUUAGACCAAAAAAAAAAAAAGAAAAGAAAAAAAAAGAAUUGAAAGCAAAAUGGAUUAUACAUAUAUGUGUUUAUCUUUUCGCGAAAAAUUCAUAAUCGGUUAUAAGUAUGAAGGGGAAAAAAAUAAUGUUGUUGAUAUUCAUAUAAAAUAAUUCUAAAAGAAAAAAAAAAAAAAAAAGAGAGACUCUAUCAUAAAUAGAAUAUUGAAUCAGUAUUUUAUUGCCCGAAUUCAAUUGUAUUAUGCGGUAAUUAUUAACGAUCGUUCGAUGAUCACGUAUGAUGAACAUACUGACCUAUUGUAAUAUCGUCCCUCUCGACAGUAUGUAGUACUUAUUCCGUCCAUCAAUCGAUAAGAUUGCUCAAGAAUCUUUAACAUAAGAUUAGAGUAUCAAUAAAACGUAUGUCGUACUUAUAUCUUUAUAUAUAUAUAUACGCAAAGCCAUUCCGAUGGUUUAAAAAUGUAUAAUUUCCAAAGAAAUUAAUGACUUUAAUUAGCAUUCUUAUUAACGAAAGAAAAAAGAUGAGCGUCGCUCAAAGAAAGCUUCACGAAUCAUCUAUCUUUCAUCGAAUGGCUGAAAUUUAUAUUGUUAAUUUUCUCUUUUCUUUUUCUUUAAUAAUAUAAUAGAUUAUAAAGAAACGGAUCAGAAACAUACAUAUUUCUCUUUGUACAAAAGGAGGAUGAAUCUUUUGCGGAAAGUAUUAAGACAAUACUCUAUACAAUUGUAUAAAGAAAACUUUCACGUGCAUCGUGUUGUUUUCCUCUUUCGAUGAAUCGAAAGCAAUAUUUCAUUACAAAGUUUGUAACAGA